AUGGUUUUCUCAUUGGAUGAAGAACUUAGCAACGUGACAUUACAUGAUGAUGACGUUAACUAUAAUAACGGGAUUCCAGUAACUAAACUCGGAAGCAAAAAUGAAGAUCUACCAUCAUUUGAAUUUAAUGAUAAUUUGAUGACUAUGGAUGAACAUUUAAAUACUCAAACUUCACCUGAGGAGAAAAGAACCAGAAGACGUUCAUCAGUUUUGGCCAAAUUUCCUGUACUUUCACCCGUUCAUACUAGACGUGUAUCUAUAUCUAAUAAUUCCCCGAACGUUGUCAGUCACCUAACAAGUUCCUUUAGGAACACACCUUCUGAUAUUGCUGUCCAAAAAGAAAAUAUUAAUACAGGUAGUAUUAUUGGUGAAGCUAUUGAUAUGAGACCAACAACCGUCAGAACGAUUCAAGAUUUCAAACCAAUUAGAGUCUUAGGGAAAGGUGCGUAUGGAAAAGUUAUCUUGGUUAAAGACAAAUAUUCCACCAAGUUGUAUGCCAUGAAACAAUUAAAAAAAGCUGAAAUUUUAAUUAAUGAUAAUGAUAAAAAAAAUACCGACAAAGAAAAUGAUAAUAUUGAAGUUACUGAUGAAUUGACCAUGAGAAGAGACCUAGAUAAAAGAAUAGAGAGAACUUUUGCAGAAAGAACGAUUUUAUCUCAAUUAGAACACCCGAAUAUUGUAAAAUUGUUCUAUUCGUUCCAUGAUCAAUCCAAAUUAUACCUAAUCCUUCAAUAUAUUCCAGGUGGUGAACUGUUCUACCAUUUAAAAGAACAUGGGACAUUAGAAGAGGAUACAGUCGCAUUUUAUGCUGCCGAGGUAAGUUGUGCAUUAAAAUUCUUACAUGAUAAUGGUAUUGUCUACAGAGAUUUAAAGCCUGAAAACUGUCUUCUUAAUCAAAGGGGUCACUUAGUUCUAACUGAUUUUGGUCUAAGUAAGAAAGGUACUACAGAUCCAACUAAUGAUUCUACAUCUUCUGAUUCUGAUCUGGAAAAGGAUGAUAUAUAUACUUUGCAUUCUAUUAUUGGAACACCUGAAUAUGCUGCCCCAGAAAUUUUACAAGGGUUAGCAUAUAAUAAGAAUUGUGAUUGGUAUUCACUUGGUUGUUUACUUUACGAUAUGUUGGUUGGUAAACCUCCGUACACAGGGAACAAUCAUAAAGUAAUUCUGAAUAAAAUCCAAAAGGAUAAACAAGGUCCAAGAAUUCCAUAUUAUCUAAGUGAAGGUAUGAAGGAUAUGUUGAAUUGGUUGUUGAAGAAGGAUAAAACGAAGAGGUGGGAUGUAGACAGAUAUUGGAGGGAGGAACCUAUCGUUAAGCAGAAGGGUGCUAACAAUAAUAAUAACAAGAAAAAGAAAGCCGGUAAGCAGCGUGUAACUAAAUUUCAAUCGCAUUUUAUAUUCAGGAAGAUUAAUUGGAAAGAGAUGGAAACUGGGUACCUUCAAAAGACAACAUUAGGUCCAAUUGUACCAAUUAUCACCGAUUGGGAAUUAGCUGAAAAUUUUGAUACUGAAUUUACAUCUAUGUCAUUCGAAGAAAAUCAUAUGGAUGAUGGUAUUCCAAUUGCCGAGAAUAAGAACCAUUCUUUGACUACUCCUGAUAUAUUUAAAGGAUUUAGUUUUAAAGCGAGUGGGAGUUAUCUGGAGAGGCAUUUCUAA